GGCCGUACUACAUAUAGAUGUACUGGUUCGAAACACAAUUGUAUACAGAAAAUACCAUACAUAAGAAAACUGGACACAUACAAAAUGCAACGGUGACAUCCACCAAGGUUCUAAUUGGAAAUCACUAUCUGAAAGGGAGCAAAAAUCACAGUCACAGUCUCGCCAGUUCCGAACCGAACUAAGUGUCGUCAAUAGGUGAGCCGCAAAUGUCAAAUCCUUCGCCGUUCACAUCACACAGAAGGCCAUCCAAACAUAUCGUCGUCAUCGUCGGCCAAGCUAUGCGAAGCAUCAAUGGCAGGCAACUGACGUCGAGAAGACUUCGCCAACCGGGUGGCGCCCACCGAGUUCAUUCGCUGAAGCCUUUUCUUCUCGGAGCCCUGGGAAAAGGUAGGUUGGGAAGUCACUGCAAUCACAUUCCUCGGCGUUAUCAUUUAUGUCACUCACGGUGAUGUAGACCUUCUUUGUUCGUUCCGUAUGAAUGGUGGUGGUCUUGGUCACAGAUGUCUCGGAGUGCGUCGGGCUAUGGUGGUCGCGCGGGGAUGAUUUUGUUCCUGUCGGUGCGAGUUUCCGAGCCUUUUUCAACGAUUGGGGUCUGGCGGACUCCGGAGUCGGCUGCCUUUGCGAAAUCUUUAAGGAAGCGGUUAGGAGCAUACCCAAGAGGUCAAUGUGCCCGGUGCCUCUGCUCGUACCUCCAUGUGCGACCCAGCGUAUUCACUUUGCAGAGCGGCGGAACUGAUCUCAGACUUUGCAACUGCUUUUCGUCCAGUACUCUCCCCAGGAGUGCGGGCGGCCUUCGGAGUGCGUCUUGCAGAUUUUCGGGCUUCGGGUGCCCCUUCAGCCUUCUGUGGCUGUUCGAAAGUCAGCGUUGCUCCACGACGAAGCCGACUCCUUGCCGCCGGAGCUUCAAUCACAGUCUGAACGUGAAACUGAGUUAGACCACUAAAAUAGUUGUGACUGCAUGUGUUUACAUACCUUCGGACGCUUGCUUUGACGGA